AUGGAGUCAGCUUCAGGCCUGGUAGUAACAAAUGAGCCUCAGUCAAUACCAGACUCACUGAAGCCAGAAAAUAUCAAAAAUGGGGAAUCAAAGAUACAAGGUCUUGGCCUGUGUGAACUGAUUAUCAGUAGAAUAUGGAAUGGUAGUGAUGGACCUGAACUUGAGGUCUUCUUAAACAUUUCAGAAGAAGAUUAUAUGUAUGUUUUGGAUGUUAUCAGAUCUGAUUGCAAAGUGGUUCACAAACUGUCAUAUACCCCUCACCUUCAAAAACUCAUUGCCACCCUGCCUUCACCAAUUUAUGAAGCAAACCUGGUGCCUUUGUGCACUGCAAUGGGGAUUGUCAUCACUUCUUUCACUAUCCCUGAAGACUUUGAGGUUUUCUUACCUAUCCACAUGGUGUGUAUGGUAGAUGCACUCACUACAUCAGAUCUACCUCCCAACAAGAGAUACCAGCUUGGAAUACCAGACUUAGUACUGAUGCUUCAGACCUGUGAUGAUGAUAUCCUUCCAUUAUGGCUGUUUGAGGUGUCUAUUUCUGAGACCUCCAAAAGUGCCAUUGAGAAGCUGCAGACCUAUGGUGAUCAGAAUGAGAAUAUCAUAGCUGCCACCCACAUUAGUAUCAUUGAAGGCCAGAAACAUGAUUCACCCAUGUAUGAAUGGGGCCCUGAGAAGGAGCUUGAUCAGAGGGGGGUUCAGAUUAAAGACUUGGCACACUUGGAAGAUGUUACCAUUACCACAUGGGUCCACCCUCAUAACAAGCAAUUGGACUUGAAUAUUUGUCAGUAUGCAUAUUAUGCCACCAUGGUACUCUACCCUUAUCAAGACAAUCAGGGAUUAGGGAAAGUUGAAUACAUAUUCCAAUGCAUGCUGGAGAGAGUCUGCAAUAAGGUUGUCAGCUAUUUGCAGACUGAGCAUGCAUAUAUGUGA